GGCGGGCGGGGGUUGUUCCUUGCCUUUCCUUCCGGAUAUUUAAAGGUUAAAUAGGCAUUUUUAUAUUAGGCUCGGCUGCGGGUGAAUGAGGGUAAUAGCAUCGGGUGUCUGGUAUCGUCAAAAGGGGCAAAGAAAGAAAGAAGGAAACAAAUAAAGAAAGGAAGGUGGGGAGGAGAGCGCGCGCGCGCACACGUGAGAGAGACAGAUCGCGAACGCGCGCCACACGAGCGCCGUUUCCACAUCUGAACGCCACGCCAGUGCCUUAGCAUCUCUCUUCAAGGAAAGCAGCAGCCGAUGUGUUUUAACCCGGAUUUAUGAAACACACAUCACCGUCAGAAGGUUAUCCGGCUAGGAUUAUUGCAUUUUGCACACAAACACAUCAUCGGGACUUGUUUAUCGAUGUGAAGAGCAGGGAUGGAAAAUCUGACUUUUAACAGACGACCGACACGAAAACACGCAAAAUAACAGAGUGCGUCGGAAAACAAAAAAAAAAAAGGCAGCAGUGGCGCCUGUAGCUGGAACAACCGCCGCAUCAGGAGAUACAGUACGGGACAAUGACCGGUGAUGCCAAGUUUUAAGAGGGCCAACAUGGCCAGGCGGUGCGGGCAUCUUUACCCACAAGUAUUCAUUGUGAGCGAUGCAACACCACUGAACACUUAGCAACCGGUCUCUGCAGCCUGUCUGCGCUGCAUCUCUCGCACGUUACUGCCGCAGAGGCUGAAAGUGUAAAGUGCUGACGGGACCUGCAGAUGGAGAUGGACGACUCGGGAAUUAUCCACCGCAGGAGAGUCCAAAAGGACCUGCCUUUAUCUAGGAAAAGCAGUGGUUGCCGAACAAGUAACAGGAAGAGCCUGAUCCUGACAAGCACUUCACCCACUUUGCCUCGGCCACAUUCCCCACUGCCAGGACACAUAGGGAGCAGUCCGCUGGACAGUCCUCGCAACUUUUCACCCAGCGCUCCAGCUCAUUUCUCCUUCGCCUCUUCCAGAAGCCAUGGGCACAGAACUGACAGGGCAGACGGCCGACGCUGGUCACUGGCCUCCUUGCCUUCUUCAGGAUAUGGAACCAACACUCCGAGCUCUACUGUGUCUUCAUCCUGCUCCUCACAAGAAAAGCUUCAUCAGCUUCCCUUCCAGCCCACCAUGGAUGAGCUGCACUUCUUGUCCAAGCACUUUGGCAGCAGCGAGAGCAUCACGGAUGAUGAUGGAGGCCGAAGGUCACCUGCUGUGCGGCCCCGCUCAAGAAGCCUCAGCCCCGGCCGCUCACCAUCCUGCUAUGACAAUGAGAUAGUAAUGAUGAAUCAUGUGUACAAGGAGCGCUUUCCAAAGGCAACAGCACAGAUGGAGGAACGUCUGUCUGACUUCAUCUCAUCAUUCUCUCCGGAGAGUGUCCUUCCUCUGGCUGAUGGAGUCCUCAGCUUCAUUCAUCACCAGAUUGUGGAGCUCGCGAGGGACUGCCUGGACAAGUCUCGUGAGGGAGUGGUCAGCACUGUCUACUUCUUGGAGCUGCAGGAGAACCUCGAGAAACUCUUGCGAAAUGCAUUUGAGCGCUCCGAGAGCUCUGAAGUGGCCUUUGUCACUCAGCUGGUGAAGAAGCUACUCAUCAUCAUCUCCCGGCCGGCUCGAUUGCUUGAGUGUCUGGAGUUUAAUCCUGAGGAGUUCUACCACCUUCUGGAAGCAGCCGAGGACCAUGCCAAAGAGGGUCACCUUGUGAAGACAGACAUCCCACGAUAUAUCAUUAGCCAGUUGGGCCUGACACGAGACCUCCUGGAGGAAGUGGUAAAUCUUGAAAGCUAUGAUAGCGAAGGAGCCAACACCCCAGAGACAGAUGAUUCAGUCGAGGGUCAUGUCAAAGCUAAGAAGCCACCCAGUGAAAUGGACUUCCAAAACAUUAAGCUCAUCAGUAAUGGAGCAUAUGGAGCGGUGUACCUGGUGCGGCACAAGGAGACCCGGCAGCGGUUUGCCAUGAAAAAGAUCAACAAGCAGAACCUGAUUCUGAGAAACCAGAUCCAACAAGCCUUUGUGGAGCGGGACAUCCUGACAUUUGCAGAGAACCCCUUUGUGGUCAGCAUGUUCUGCUCAUUUGAGACACGCCGCCACCUCUGCAUGGUCAUGGAGUACGUGGAGGGUGGGGACUGUGCCACGCUGUUGAAGAAUAUCGGCGCUUUGCCAGUGGAAAUGGCUCGGCUUUACUUUGCAGAAACAGUCCUGGCAUUGGAAUACUUGCACAAUUAUGGAAUCGUCCACCGGGAUCUGAAACCUGACAAUCUUCUGAUCACAUCAAUGGGUCACAUUAAGCUGACAGAUUUUGGAUUAUCCAAAAUAGGACUCAUGAGCAUGACUACCAACCUGUACGAGGGGCACAUCGAGAAGGAUGCCAGGGAAUUUUUAGACAAGCAGGUCUGUGGCACCCCAGAAUACAUUGCUCCUGAAGUUAUUCUGCGUCAGGGAUAUGGCAAACCAGUGGACUGGUGGGCGAUGGGCAUUAUCCUGUAUGAGUUCCUGGUGGGCUGCGUGCCCUUUUUUGGGGAUACCCCUGAGGAACUUUUUGGACAGGUCAUCAGCGAUGAAAUUGCCUGGCCAGACGGGGACGAAGCCCUCCCGUCAGAUGCCCAGAACCUCAUUUCUGCACUGCUCCAGACUGACCCAUUACUCCGGCUAGGAACAGGAGGGGCUUUUGAAGUCAAGCAACAUGCCUUCUUUAAGGAGCUCGACUGGAACAGCCUGCUGCGGCAGAAGGCCGAGUUCAUUCCACAUUUGGAGUCUGAGGAGGACACCAGCUAUUUUGACACUCGCUCGGAGCGCUACCAUCACAUCAACUCAUACGACGAAGAUGACACCAAUGAUGAUGAGCCUGUGGAGAUCCGCCAGUUUUCUUCCUGUUCUCCCAGAUUCAGCAAGGUUUACAGCAGUAUGGAGCAUCUCUCUCAACAAGAACAGAAGCCCACCACGGUGACCAGGCGUGAACACAAAAAUCAAAAAGAGGACAAGGUGACCAAGAGGGAGAGUCUGGGCAGCUUUGGAAUGAGAGACAAGGGCUGGCGGACCAGCUCUCCAGAGAUGAAGCGUCUGUCUGCUUCAGAGUCAUCGUACACCGAGAGCGAUACCAGCCCACCUUUAGCUGCUCGUCGACGCUUCUCCGCUCUUAUGGAUACGCACCGCUUUGCAUCACCCCUGGAGGGAGAAACUGAGCCUCGCAACAAGCAAACCCUGAGUAAGGCCUCACAGGAUGGAGGGCCUUUAGCUGCUGGAACUCAGUCUGAAACAAAAGAUUCUAAAGAUACCAACGAGGCAGCCAUCACCCCUAUAAGCGACAAAUCUCCAAAGGCAAGCGACCUCCCUGGAGUGCAAAAAGAGUCAGUGGGCACUGAUCCUCUUGCUCCCCGUGCCACCAGUGACUUGGUACUGCGACGAGUGAGACAGCAGCAGCUAUCUGGGGAAGCCACAGAUAAACGCACCUCACGAGCUGGAAACAAAGUCAUUAAAUCUGCCUCAGCCACAGCCUUAUCGGUCAUCAUCCCCACAGUUGAGCAGCAUGGUGGAUCACCACUGGCCAGUCCCAUGUCUCCACGUUCUCUCUCAUCCAAUCCUUCCUCAAGGGACUCGUCACCAAGCCGAGACUACUCUCCAGCUGUCACUAGUCUGCGCUCUCCCAUAACCAUUCACCGUUCAGGGAAGAAAUACGGCUUCACGCUGCGAGCGAUCCGCGUCUACAUCGGUGACAGCGAUGUGUAUAGCGUCCACCAUAUCGUUUGGCAUGUUGAAGAAGGUGGUCCAGCCCAGGAGGCAGGGCUCUGCGCCGGUGACCUUAUAACACAUGUUAAUGGAGAGUCUGUGCAUGGGCUGGUGCAUACAGAAGUAGUGGAACUCAUUCUGAAGAGCGGCAACAAGGUGACACUGACUACAACACCUUUUGAAAACACCUCGAUUAAGAUUGGCCCAGCACGGAAAUCAAGUUACAAGUCAAAGAUGGCAAGGCGCAACAAGAAGACGGUGGUGAAAGAUAGCCAGGAGAGCUCCAAGAAGCGCAGUUCUUUGUUCAGGAAGAUCACCAAGCAGUCAAACCUCUUGCACACAAGCCGCAGCCUGUCGUCGCUGAACCGUUCUUUAUCCUCCAGUGACAGCCUACCUGGGUCACCGACACACAGUCUGUCUGCAAGGUCCCCAACACAGAGCUACCGCUCCACGCCAGACUCGGCUUACCUUGGGGCCUCCUCACAGAGCAGCUCUCCAGCUUCCAGCACUCCCAACUCCCCUGCAACAUCUCACCACAUUCGACCCAGUAGUCUACAUGGGCUGUCGCCAAAACUGCACAGACAGUACCGCUCUGCACGCUGCAAGUCUGCUGGAAAUAUUCCCCUCUCACCUCUGGCACACACACCCUCACCAACCCAGUCUUCUCCUCCACCUUUGCCGGGACACACCAUUGGGAGUUCAAACACCACCCAGUCUUUCCCUGCAAAGCUGCAUUCUUCUCCUCCAGUAGUAAGACCCCGACCAAAAAGUGCAGAGCCCCCAAGGUCUCCUCUGCUGAAGCGGGUACAGUCAGCCGAGAAGCUGGGUACACCUUUAUCAUCUGACAAAAAGGUGGUGAUGAGGAAGCACAGUUUGGAGGUCUCCCACUCAGAAUAUCGCAAAGAGUCUUUCCACUCGGAGCUUGGUCUUCAGAGUUUGCUGGAGUCGGAAGGAGAAAAUGUGCCUCUUUCCUCUUCUCCGUGUGAGACAGGUAAUCUCAAGCAAGUGGCUGUGAGGAAGAUAGGCCGGCAGGAGUCUCCCCUAAGCCGGGAUGCCUUGUUUAUUGGAAGGACCCCGGAAAAAUCAACCGAAGGGGUGGUGUUAGAAAAACUGGAAGAAGUGGGCUCUCUAUCUUCUGCAACAAGUUCUGGAACGUCAAUAACUAAAAAAUCGGAACCCAGCCUAAAAUCAACCAAAGAAGAUGACUUUAGGCAGCCUUCACCAUCCAAAGAAACUUGUACUAAGUCAGUUGAGGUCACAAAAUCACCAAACCAGGACCCGUCCAAAAGUAAUGGCAAUGUAGCAGACAGGCUCGCAGCAAGACAAGGGGAUCAGUGCUUAAGUAAGCCUCCAGGAAUUUUACCAAUACAAAGUAAGGCAUCUCCACCUACAAGCGCUAUUGCCCAAAGCCCACCACAGGAAUCACAGGCUGCUUCAUCAGUGCAUGCUUCAGGGACAUUAAAUUUAGGAACACUAAAAAGGGGUGUAAAAACUCCAGAAAAGGCACCCCAGGAGGACAUCAGGAAGAUGGACCCUUUCGACAAGAAGCACAGAGGUAUUCAGACAGAUACCACCUUCAAUGGUACCAGAAAUCAGGACAGACCAGAAUGUGGUCAGCCAGAUCAGGAAACCAAAAAAGCACCCACAAAAAUUUCAGACUCUGUUAAAGACAGUCUAACUAGGGACACAAGUGUAGAAGGAACCUCAAAACCAAAUAGGUCAGAAAUGCCUGCAGUAAUAGCAUCUAUGAACAAAUGUACUCCCAGACAAGAGAAGCAAGAAAAAACGGUGGAAGUGCCCACUAGUUGUAGCAUUCAGGUCAAGCAGCAGGCGAAACUUAGCCCAGCAGAGGCUGACCGUUGUGGCAUCACAGAUGAAGUUAAGGGGACUGAAAUAACUAAUAUGGAACCCCCACCUGCAAACUGUUACAAAGCUUUAGAAAAAGAAGGCAAAUGGCUUCUAGAAGUAGUGGAAGAGCACACCACCAGUGUCUCCCCAUCGGGCAAGUCCAGGCCCUCUUCCUUCAGUGACAAGUCCAGCUUUGUUACCCAGCUGACAACUGUGGCCAAAAAUGUGCUGACUCCCAUGAAGAUGAGUGUCCCAGGAGUGGAAGUACUGAAGGGGAAAUCAGCAGAGGACAAAAGAGGGAGCACAGUGGGGAAAGUUGAGACGGGAGCUGGUAGCAGGCCGACAAGUUUAACAGCAAUGCAAGGUUUGGCAGUCACCCCCCAGGCUGAUAAAACGGAAAUUUCUCCAAGACAUUAAUGAUGGCACUUGCUCCUAUGGGGGGAGGAAGGAGGAUCAGAAACUUGCAAACAAAAUGCCUUGUAUAGACUGAAGAAAAAGAAAUCCAGGUCUGUGUCAACAAGUCAGAGGGAGAACGUGAGAGAUUACCAAGUGUGCAAAGAUGAAUUGUGUAUAGGUGCUUCUCUAGCUGUUUCCAAUCACGA